CAACAUGCCACCAAAAGGGAAGAAGGCGCAGGACAGGGGCAAGUCGGGCGAGGAGGAGCGUGACGAGCCGCUGCAGGCCGUGAUUCUCGCAGACCCAUUCGAGACACGCUUCAGCCCCUUCACACUCGAGCACCCCAGAUGUCUUCUGCCCCUCGCCAACACCCCGCUUAUCGAGUACACGUUCGAGUUCCUCGCCAACGCCGGCGUAGAAGAAGUCUUUGUAUAUUGCGGCGCACACCGGGAACAGGUCGAGGACUACGUACAGGCCUCCAAAUGGUCUUCCAAGUCGUCGCCCUUUUCAAAACUAGACCUCAUCCAGUCGACAUCGCACUCAAUCGGAGAUGCGAUGCGCGACCUGGACAGCAGGGGCCUGCUAGUCGGUGACUUCCUCUUGGUGUAUGGCGACGUGGUCAGCAAUCUGCCGCUGGAGUCUGCGCUCGCAGCGCACCGGGCGCGGCGAGCCAAGGACAAGAAUGCCAUCAUGACCAUGGUGCUGCGUGAGGCGGGCACAAAUCACAGGACCAAGGCUCAAGAAACUAGCCCCGUCUUUGUUAUUGACCCACGCAAAGACCGAUGCUUACACUUUGAACACAUGCCCAACCGCGACCAGACGCACCAUCUCUCCAUCGACCCCGAAAUCCUUUCGACCCACCAGGAAAUCGAGGUUCGCCAGGAUCUGAUAGACUGCGGUAUUGACAUUUGCACACCCGACGUGCUGGCCUUGUGGAGCGACAACUUUGAUUUCCAAGCGCCCCGCAAGGGCUUCCUACAUAGCGUGUUGAAAGACUAUGAGCUCAACGGCAAGACGUUCCACACACAUAUCAUAUCAGACCAUUACGCGGCAAGAGUACGGAAUCUCCACGCUUACGACGCGGUCAGCAAGGAUAUCGUCUCACGCUGGGCAUAUCCACUAUGUCCAGACAGCAAUCUGGUCCAAGGGCAGUCCUACCGGCUGCAAAAGCGCAAUGCGUACAAAGAGGAGGGUGUCAUUCUUGCCCGCGAUUGCAUUGUGGGGCCCAGAACAGUUAUUGGACGAGGCACCAGUGUAGGCGACAAGAGUGUCAUUACGAACAGCAUCAUUGGAAGGCACUGCCAGAUUGGCCGCAAUGUCAAGAUUGAUGGGGCGUACAUCUGGGACUACGCGAGCAUAGGAGACGGCAGCACCGUGACCAAGGCAAUUGUCGCCAACGAAGCGACGAUAGGGCGACGGUGUACCAUAGAGGCCGGUGCGCUGAUUUCGUACGGAGUUAGCAUUGGUGAAGACAUGACCAUCCAGGGAGAACAUCGAAUCACAAGAACAAGACGAAGGCGAGAGGAAGGCGAGGAAGUCGUCCGAGGUGACCCGGAUCCUACGAUUGUUGGUGAAAAGGGCAACGGGUUCGAGUUCUACGAUUCCGACGAGGAUGAUGAGGACGAAAUUGUUGAGGGUCUUGUGAUCAGGGGACCGAUGUACAACUUGUCAAACGAGUCAAUAUCCACGCUAAACUCGGAUUCAGAAGCGGACGAAUACGACAUGGAGCGCCGCGAGAGAUCAGCAACGAGCAGUUUCCUUUCGGUUGGCUCUGGAGACAGCCAGCACGCAGCAAACUUUGACCAUGAUGCCUCGGCCAGUAUCUACGAUUCGCUAGUCGAGGGCCAUGAAUCCGCCAACAUCCAGCUGGAGCUUACGGCACUUCGUAUGAGCACCAACGCCUCGGACCACCAGGUCAGGCGUGCGGUCGUGACUAGUUUCGUCAAGCGUGUGACUCAACUCAUCAAGUCGGGUGAGGCGGUUAAGAGCGCCGUCGCACAGGUCUUUGGGCAGCACAAGGAGCUCAUUGACCGGUCCAUCUUCGACAAGAACGCCCAAGACAAGGCUGACCAGGUCGACUUUUUGCUCUUGCUUCAAGCAGACCUCAGCAACAAGGAGAAUGGUGACAGCAUCCUGCUCAGUGCAACGACCAAGCUGGUUGAGCUGGACUCUAUCGAAGAGGAGGGCAUGGUGCAAUGGUGGGAAGGCGAGAAGAGCACCGAGAACGCGGACAUGGCCAAGGUGCGCGAGAAGACAAAAUCGCUCAUCGAUUUCCUACAGCAGGAGAGCGAAGAGGAGAGCGAGGAAGAGGAGGAUGACGAGAGUGAAGAGGAUGACUAGACGAGUGUUUUGUUGAGCGGUUUCACUCGAUGCUUGCCAAGGCGGGAUAGCAUUGCACAAGCGGGUUGCUUUUUUAGCCAUUAGUGGAGCAGAUGCAGCGAAGCAGUUUGCAAAGAAGUUUAUCCUUUGUGCGGUUCUCCCCCAACUUUGACAGGGUGGAAAACCAAUAUGGAAUGACAUCGUCAUUCUGCGCCUGUCAAGCCACAGCAUGGCACAGAGCAGUACCUCUUGUCGCGUUCUUUUCUUCUUCUUUUUAUUCUCUCUUUUUUUUGCCUUUGACUGCCUGGAUUCGCGAACGAGUCGUGGUGAAACGCAAAGGCAGAUGCUGCUGGAGUACAUGAAAAAGGCCAACGAAGGGGGCGUUUCAGCGAGGCGUGUCUUUGGGCGCACGUGGUUGCGAGAGGCGCGGGUUGC